UAUGCAUGCCGUAAUGGAGCUCUGAUUACAAUUAACAUGUUGAAAAAUGCCAUCAUAUCUAGCUAAGCUACUGUUUUGUAAACUUUGGCAGAAAUGGGGGGGGAGUGCUAAACAAAGUAGCUCCUGUAUAUUCUGUUGCCUUAGAGACUGAAACAUCUGUAUCCGUGCAGGCAAGUGAUGCAGACAUGGUAAGAUAUGACUUCCUUGCAUUCCUCUCUUCAUCUUGCUGUCAAUAGUACUCUUUUAUGGGGGCAAUGUGUAGGGCUUCCUUUGCAGUGUAGAGUAAUCUGGUUGGGUAGCAUAACAUAAUCCAGGAGAGCUUUUAAUGAAGGUCUAACUCCAAAGUCAGCAUGCUCCCCUACGAAAAGAUGCUGUCACACAAAUAAUUUUUCAAGAUGAACUUGGAGGGACUUGAAAUGAUUGUUGUUCUGAUGAUAAUUGUGGCAUUUGUGAAAGCCCUGGAACAUAUGGGGCUGCUGGAAGAUACAGAUGAAGAUAAAAUUGAAGAUGAAUUGGAAAUGACAACAGUAUGUCAUCGACCUGAAGGAUUAGAACAACUUGAGGCACAAACCAAUUUCACAAAGAAGGAACUGCAAGUGCUUUACAGAGGAUUCAAAAAUGAAUGCCCUAGUGGAGCUGUUAAUGAAGAAACAUUCAAACAGAUCUAUGCACAGUUUUUCCCUCAUGGAGAUGCUAGUAUGUAUGCCCAUUAUCUCUUUAAUGCAUUUGAUACAGCACAGAAUGGAUCUGUGAAGUUUGAGGAUUUUGUGAUGGCACUCUCCAUUCUUUUGAGAGGAACAGUUCACGAAAAGCUACGAUGGACAUUUAAUCUCUAUGACAUAAAUAAAGAUGGCUAUAUAAACAAGGAGGAAAUGAUGGACAUAGUAAAGGCAAUUUAUGACAUGAUGGGCAAGUAUACUUACCCAGUGCUGAAGGAAGAUGCUCCAAGGCAACACGUAGAAGUAUUUUUCCAGAAAAUGGAUAAAAAUAAAGAUGGCAUUGUAACUUUGGAUGAGUUUAUUGAGUCAUGUCAGGAGGAUGACAAUAUCAUGAGAUCCUUACAGCUUUUUGAAAAUGUUAUGUAACAGCAGCUGAAGAGCAGCCUAGAAAUCUGAGACUUUAUAUGUACUGAGAUCCUGAAGAAAACAAGUCAAGAUUUUUCUCCCCACCACCCUUUUUGAUGAAAGCUUUUUACUACUUGGACAGACUCAGUGUAUAAGGAUUUUGUAUGUUACCACAAACUGAGCUGUGUCUCUGAAUGCAACAAACUCAAUCAUGCCUCCCUCAAGAGACACUGACUAGAAUUUAUUUCAUUUGGAAGCAUGCUAAUAAAAUCUGACCAGAGAGACCUGCUGCUUAAAGUUUAAUAAACUAUUGAAGUUUAAAUUAUUAAAACAAUAUUCAACAUUCUAUUAGCCAAUCACUAAAAUUCUGCUGCUUUGGCUCUAGCAAGCUGGAUUGCAUAUGGUAACACAGCAUCAGUAACUUCUUUAAUCAUCUGUCGUGAGCAGAACCUCUUUUUUGUAUCACCGCAUUGUGAUAGCAUUUGUCCUUUGAUGGUACUAGAAAUGUUUGUGCUGGUUUUACAAGCUGACACACAUGUAACAUGGCAAAUGGGGGAUUUAAUUCAUUUAGAACCUGUCUGGACAACUAUUUAUUUAUAUUUAUUGCACAAAUAUUUAUUGUGCAAUACAUGUAGAGCAGUGACUCAUUUACUGCACCAGACCGAGGCAUUUUUACUCAAGGAAAAGCUUUCCAUUCAGCAAGACUGCAUUUUCCUAGCAUUAAGACUGUUACUGGAAACAUACAUUUCUUGUCACCACUAACAAAAUAAUUGCAAUCUGGAAUCUGCCUGCCAAAGGGGAUUUCCACACAUGCUAAAACUCACUUUUCAGAGCAAAGAUUUGAUACGCUUCUGGUCAGUUUCAAAACCGCCACUAUCACCUCUCCCUUCCACCCAGAGCAAAUGUUCAAG